AUGACUGUUGCUUCCACUAAAGCAGCUCUUUCAACAAUAGCAAAUUGGAUGAGCUUCACGGACGAAACACUGGAAAAACUAAAACGUGUCGAAUCUCGACUGUUGGAGUCUUGCGAUGUUCAAUAUGAAUCAAAAUACGUUCCGGUACGAUUUAAAAAAGGAGACGUAUAUACUCUCACCGUAAAACCCAGAGAAGGUGAAAAUCCGAAUGGCGAGGCAAUCGUUUUGAUACCAGGACUUGGAGCCGGUGUGGCAAUGUUUGCUGCCAAUUUCAAUAAAUGUAACAAAAAUCACUCAGUUCACUCAUUUGAUCCAUUAGGAUUUGGAAGGUCGUCUCGGCCAAAAUUCAGCGACGACAAUGCGAUAUCCGAGUUGGAGAUGGUGGAGGCUAUGGAAGAUUGGCGGAAAUUCAUGGGUAUAGAAAAAAUGUAUCUUGUUGGACAUGCUUUUGGUGGAUAUCUGGCCAGUGCCUACGCCCUUGAACAUCCUUCCAGAGUUGCUCAUCUUGUCUUAGUGGAUCCGUGGGGGUUCGCAGAAAAAGUUGAUGCGAAUGAAAAAUUGAUCAAACCUUAUGCAUGGAUGUCAUUUCUCGGUGGUGUCGCAGGAUAUUUCAAUCCUUUCUCGCCCAUGAGAUGGAUGGGACCUUACGCUCCAGCAAUAGUUCAAAAACUACGCCCGGACUUGGUCAUUCGAUUUCCAGGCCUUCGUGAUAAUGACAUCUACAAGUACGUCUACUACCUGAAUCUUCCAAAUCCCACUGGAGAAACUGCAUUUAUGAACAUGACUUUGCCUGUUGGAUGGGCCAAGCGACCAAUGAUUAGAAGGUUUAAUGGAAUUGACAAAAACGUGGGUGUCACGUUUAUCUACGGCAGCAAAAGUUGGAUUGAUCCCGGACCAGCUAUUGAUAUUCAAUCGACUCGAGAAGGAGCUUAUGUUGAUAUCAAAAUUAUCAGAGGAGCUGGUACACAUGUAUACGCUGAUGAUCCGGCAGCGUUUAACAAGAUUGUUGGGGAUAUCGUUGAAGGUCGUUUAGCUGCACCUUCUAAUGACUUUGAACUUGAAGAAUGUUUCCAUUCUGACUAG